AUGUUCAACAAGGUAUUCGUUAUCGCCCUUGCUUUCCCUGCCGCUGUUGCGUGGGGUCCUGAUGGUCAUGCUACUGUAGCCGACGCUGGAAACGAGCUCUUCAACGACAAUGCCAACGAGGCCGUAGCUGAGAUAUUGGGCGAGGGUGUCAGGAUGGCUGAUUUCGCCAGUUGGCCUGAUAGUGUCCUUCAUGGUCCCGAUCGCUCUGAAUGGGAAUGGUCGUCUGGCUUGCAUUAUGCUGAUGCUGACGACAAUUGCAAAUUCGUAUAUUCCCGUGACUGCAAGGACGAUUACUGUGUUGCUGGUGCCGUCAAGAACUAUACUCGUCAAGUGGCGGACACCAGUCUUCCUAUCGAGCAGAGGCAGGUGGCUUUGAAGUUCCUCAUGCACUUUAUGGGUGACAUUCACCAGCCUCUUCAUGUUGGUAGGAAGUCUGACUAUGGUGGAAACACUAUUCAUGUUAAUAUGGAGUUCGCAAACCACGAGUAUGGUGCCCUCCAUAAAGCCUGGGAUGAGAAANNNNGUGACGUACCUUGUUCAUGCUAG